GCGAAGCCACGCGAGGAGGCGGCGGCGGCGCGCAGAGCGUUGAGACGACGACGACGCGACCAGGCCGCCCAACGCGGGGCCGAUGAGCGGCGGCGGCUCGAGCCCGGGGCCCUGCUCUGGAGCCGGGCCCCCCGCGCUGCUUCGACCCUCACCCGCGGAGGCGGCGGCGGCACCUGUUGUCGCCGCUGCCGGCUACCGCCGGCUGCUGUGCUGACGCCGCCGCGGCCGCCUGUUGCUUCUCGGCGGCGGCAGCUGGAAGAGGCCCGCAGGCCCACCACUCGCGGCGCACCACGACGCGGACCAUGCGCCCCGGACGCCUGUCUGUGCCGCUGCAGCUAGGCUUCUGCGCCAACCUGCUGUGGAUCGCCGUGCUGCUCACCGCACCUCAGGACUCUGAACAAGGCGCGCACGAGCGGCGGCUUCUGGCAGACCUGCUGGCCAACUACAACACCCUGGAGCGGCCCGUGCUCAACGAGUCGGAGCCGCUCAUCCUCAGCUUCGGGCUCACACUGCAGCAGAUCAUAGACGUCGACGAAAAGAAUCAGCUAAUUAUUACAAAUAUCUGGUUAACAUUGGAUUGGAUAGAUGUGAAUCUACGUUGGAAUCCAAAAGACUACGGCGGAGUGCAGGACCUGCGUAUUCCGCCAAACAAAAUUUGGAAGCCUGACGUGCUCAUGUACAACAGCGCGGACGAAAAGUUCGACGGCACGUACCCGACCAACGUGGUCGUGCGGAGCAACGGCAGUUGCAACUACAUCCCUCCUGGCAUCUUCAAGAGCACGUGCAAGAUCGACAUUACGUGGUUCCCUUUUGACGAUCAGAAGUGCGACCUGAAGUUCGGCUCCUGGACCUAUCACGGUUAUCAGCUGGACCUUCGUGUCAACAGUGAGGAAGGCGGGGAUCUGACUACCUACAUUCCCAAUGGCGAGUGGGACCUGAUAGGCGUGCCGGGAGUGCGCAACGUUCGCGAGUAUGCCUGCUGCCCGGAGCCGUACAUCGACAUCACGUACACCAUCCACAUCCGGCGGCGCACGCUCUACUACGGCUUCAACCUCAUCAUUCCCUGCGUGCUCAUCUCGUCCAUGACUCUGCUCGGUUUCACGCUGCCCCCCGACACCGGAGAGAGGCUCACCCUGGGUGUAACCAUUUUGCUGUCCCUGACGGUAUUCAUGCUCCAGCUCGCCGAGACCAUGCCUCCGACGUCCGAUGCUGUCUCCAUAAUAGGAACUUAUUUUGCCUGCAUCAUGAUCAUGGUUGCCUUUUCGGUGGUCAUGACCGUGGUGGUCCUGAACUAUCAUCACAGAAAUCAAGAGACGACCGAAAUGCCUGCUUUGAUCCGCACGGUGUUCCUGGUGUGGCUCCCGUGGCUUCUGCGCAUGGAGCCUCCGGGCCAGAAGGCGAACAGGCGCAGCCUCUUCCUCAACAGCAAGAUGAAAGAGCUCGAGCUGAAGGAGCGCUCAUCGCGGAGUCUGCUGGCCAACGUGCUGGACAUCGACGACGACUUCCGCACGGCCAACAGCGCCGCCGCCGCCGCCGACUGCCACGGGUCUCGGACCCCGUUCCUGGGCGGUGGCGGCGGGGCGUCCACGGUGCACGCUUGCGUCCACUCGUCGCGUGAACUGAACUUGAUCUUGCGCGAGCUGCGCUUCAUCACGAGCCGCAUGCGCAAGGACGAGCAAGAGCGGGAGGUCGUUGGCGAGUGGAAGUUCGCGGCCAUGGUCGUCGACCGCUGCUGCCUCAUCAUCUUCUCCCUGUUCACCAUCAUCUCCACCUGCGCCUGCCUCUUCUCGGCGCCCCAUCUGGUCGCCUAGCGCACCCUGCUUCUAGGACAGCACUUUAACCGCCACCAGCUUCCUCCACCGGCGGCCUUCCUCUCGGAGAGCUUGUUCGCUACGUUCUUUUGCGCAAGCCCUGCUUGUUAGAGCGCGGCUUCCGAGAUUGGUUGCUGGAGCCAAUCUCGAAGGCCACAAUCUCACAUGCGCGGGCUCGUGUGGGAGAAAGUGGCUCGUGAAGAGUUCCAGGUGACGCCCUUGUUGCAACAUCCCGUGAAGUCCUGUCCACGUCCCCACGCCAUCGCGUGCGAAGAGAUGCAGCGCGAAACACGUACGACGCGAAGACUUCGUACCACACUGUCCCUUACUGUGGGGAAGGAGGAAGACACGUGGAGGUCGCAGGAGCUAGUUUUUAAAAGUCUCAACUCAUGUGCCAAUCACGAGCCGCCACUUGUGCGAAAGCGUUGGACCAUCUCGGAGGAUCUGGUAGCACCGUCUGAAGCUGGUGCCUUGGCCGUCGCUUUCAAUCUAUAUAGGAUAAAAUAACUGCACGUAUGGCUGCCAAACUGUUUGAAGGGUCAAGCGGACUUAUCAACCGAACCCAACGAAGGAAGCAAAGCACCGGAUCUUCCCUCUACGAGCUUCGUGAUUGUGAGAUGCCCGCCAUGAUGCGACGCCUCUCGUUACUUGCCUGUCCAUCAUCAUGGACGGCUCGUCGGAGUUGGAUAAGCCACGAGCGCAACGUCCUCUUGCCAGUCCUUUCUUUCAUCGGUGAAUGGUGCGUAUGAGUAAAAAAAAAAUAGGGACAAUUUUGUGUGCUGGGCUGCAUAAACUUGUCUGUGAACGCGUACAUGCCAAAACAGCGACCAUCGUAGGACUGCGUAUUGUUUCCACAGUGUUCGUUUACCUGUUGUCCUGCUCGAAGUGGCUGUUCUGAAAUACCAAGGUGGACUUCUCUGAUCAUAAACCAGUUGUUCCGUGUCUAGCCACCUGCCACCGUGAACACCUUAGCAUGAUUUGGCAAUACCCGUUUGGGCAAGGUCCGUUUGGGCUUCGCGAAAUGGGAGCACAUGGAGUGUACUUUUGGCCCUGCUCCCAGCGUCUACAAUGUGCCCGUGACUGUUUAAAGCACGGUGUCUCUCCAUGGUGUUAGCUCACUGUAGACGUUUCGGUGCUUCGAAAAAUAGUUCUCCGGUGAUCGCCAACGGAUUGAGAGCUUUAGCUUCUAAAAUUCUGAAAUGCACUGAGAUGAACGGAAAUGUCGAAGAAAGCGCGCUGCCGGCUAAUGCCAAUAAUGUUGAAAAUAAUAACCAUGUUUUAAAAGUCGCGCGAGUUUAUAUCACCCACCUCGACGGCUGAUGCUGUCUUGUUAGCAAGUUAAGCAGUUACAGAGAGAGGAAGCUUGUUUUACGCCUUACUGCGAAAUAACUAGUAUGAGAUGGGAGGCACCUAAGAUCGACUACUUCUGUAAUAUUGUAGACCAAGCAAAAAAAAAGGUGCUGAUUCAGCGCGCUACUUUAGCAUAUCAUAAAAAAAGCUCGAAGUUAUCUCAAUCGCACAGUCGUUAUGAUUUGCCUUUCUUUGAAAUAUUAUUCGGUGACGCGUUGACUGCAAUUAUUUAAGUUUCUUUUUAAUUUUUGUCUCUGACCUUUUACACACAAUAUGGUGUAGGAAACAGUAAAGCUCUGCAUUUACGACAUCAAGAAUCUAUAUUUAAGAAUAUAGCUCGGUGGAGGCUAUUGAUCUUAACAGUAGUUUGCGUACUAUUAAAGGCUGCAGCUGGAUACAUACAACCGUUAUUUAUAAA